AUGUCAUUGGCUUCCAGGAAACGGCGUGCACCGGUCGACGACGAUAUCCCCACACCUUCGCAACAACGCAGUGGCGCCCGUGAGCAGUAUCCCGAUAGAUCAGCAGAUGCUGAAGAUGGUGAAGAGGAAUAUGGUGGCCACGCUUCUGGCAGUACCGCUCAGCUAGCAAAGAGCUUGGUGCGGUAUGCGCUUGCUUGCGAGUACGCGCGAAUACCGAUUAAGAGGCAGGAUGUAGCUCAAAAAGGUGCUCAAGAACGAAGUCUACUCCUUGGAGCUCAUUCGCGACAGUUCAGGCAGGUCUUCGACGCCGCCAAUAGCCAACUCCUUGAUACCUUUGGGAUGGAGAUGGUCGAACUCCCGAAUAAGGAGAAGACGACGAUCAGGCAGAAGCGCGCGGCCGCCGCGUCGGAAUCACAAUCCAAAACAAGCAACCAAUGGGUGCUACGCAACGUCCUCCCAGAAGCCUUCCGCGCGCCAGAGAUAAUACCACCGCCACGGAUACCCAACUCCGAGCUCGAGAGCGCCUACGUCGGUCUCUAUACCAUGGUCAUAGCCCUCAUAUCACUCUCAGGCGGCACAUUGUCGGAAGGGAAGCUCGACAGGUUCUUAAAACGCAUGAACGCACAUCACAACACACCGGUGGACAGCACGGAAGAAAUCCUGAAAAGGAUGGUCAAGGAGGGAUAUAUCGUUCGAGUCAAGGAUACCUCUGGUGAUGAGGUGGUGGACUACUAUGUAGGACCCCGGGGUAAAGUUGAGGUGGGCGAGGACGCCGUGGCGAACAUGGUUCGGACGGUAUACAGCGGGUCUUCAAUAGAAGACCUGGAACAGCGGAUCAGUCGAAGCUUGGGAUUCGCUGAAGGAGGCAGGUCGCAGCAACGGGAGAGCACAGUCGAUGGAGAUGCAACCCCACAAGCGCAGAAUGGUGUGCGCAGAGGUGUAGGGCGACCGGGAAGGAGACGCGACGAGGACGAGGACGAGGACGAUUAA